AUGGAGCUCACCAUGGAGAACCUUCACAGCAUCUCCUCGCACUCCCAGGUGGGGAACCUGAUGAGCUCGCGGCCGUCGCCUUCCCCCAGCUCGGCUUCACGGAAUCUGGUGUCGCACGCCCCCGGCGCUCGCACGGCGAUGGUCUCCGGCAUGACUUCCAUCCUGGAAAGCUCCGGCGGGGACUACCGGGCCGAUCCGCACCUGCAUCCGUCCAUCAGCAUGUGCGAGAACGGCAUGAGUUUGAGCAACACGUACACGACACUGGCGCCGCUGCAGCAUCUACCUCCCAUCUCCACCGUGUCGGAGAAGUUUCACCAUCCGCACUCGCAUCACCACGCCGCGGCCCAUCAACGACUCUCCUCCGGGAAUGUCAGCGGCAGCUUCACACUCAUGCGAGACGACCACCGCGGGCUCGCCCCCAUGGGCAAUCUGUACAAUCACUACCCCAAAGAGAUGUCUGGCAUGGGGCACGGCUCGCUGUCCCCGCUGCCCAGCGGCCUGGGCUCCUUGCACAACCCCCAGCAGCCGCUCUCGUCCUACGGCCCGAGCGCGCACCUGCCCGCCGAAGCCAAGAUGCUUUCCCCCGUGUCGGGUUUCGAGUCCCACGCCUCCAUGCUGUCCCGGAGCGAGCAAGAGCACCUGGCGAGGAGUUUAGGCGGCCACGGCCACAGCAUGAUCUCCAACUUAAACGGCAUGCACCACCACCCGCACAGUCACCUUCACUCGCAGCCCGGCGGCGCGGUGAUGCUGGCGGACCGCGAGAGGCACGGCCACGGCAGCGGCCAGGGGGUCGCGGGCUCGGGGAUCCAGGCGGAGGAAAUCAACACAAAAGAAGUGGCUCAGAGAAUAACGGCGGAAUUGAAGCGAUACUCCAUCCCGCAGGCCAUAUUCGCCCAGAGGAUCCUCAGCCGGUCCCAGGGGACGCUGUCGGACCUGCUGCGGAACCCCAAACCCUGGAGUAAGCUAAAGUCCGGCCGGGAGACGUUUAGGAGGAUGUGGAAGUGGCUGCAAGAGCCGGAGUUCCAGCGGAUGUCUGCUCUGAGACUCGCCGCAUGUAAACGCAAGGAAGAAGACCGAGGACGAGAGCGCAACCAGGUGCCAAAGAAGCAGCGACUGGUCUUCACAGACCUCCAGCGUCGUACCUUGGUAGCCAUCUUCCGAGAGAACCGCCGUCCCUCCAAGGAGAUGCAGCUCACCAUCUCCCAGCAGCUGGGCCUGGAGCUUUCCACCGUCUCCAAUUUCUUCAUGAACUCGCGCCGCCGCUGUCCGGAUCGCUGGGACGCCGAGGAGCACGGGCACGGGGCGCACGGCCACGUACACGCUGCUCACAGACAUGGCAAUGCCAACUCCUCGCCCAUCCACCCUGGCACCUCCUCGGUCAGCACUUUCUCCAAGGCCUGA